CGCCGUGGUGCAAUGAUCAGAAUCAGUCGGUAGGUCGCAUCACGGCGAAAGGUGAAUCGUGGACGUCUGAGAAGAAGGAAUUGUAGCCAAGUAGCGCGCGCGACUGCAUACUGUAUGCUGAUCAAGUUCCGGGUACUUUUCGAACUUUCACGAGUCGAAAAAGUGAAAUUCGUUAGGUGACCAAUCAACCCCUUUGUCUAGGAGAAUGGCAGCGGACGACCCCCUUCGAAACGAGCCAUUAAUUUCCGUUGAAUUCGAGGUCUUUGGCAAGGUGCAGGGUGUAUACUUUCCAAAAUACGUGAAAGAUAUAUCCCUAGAAUUGGGAAUUUGCGGUUGGGUGAAGAACAGCAAGACCGGCACGAUACUAGGAAAAAUGCAGGGACCACGUGCGCUCAUCGAUCAGAUGGCACAAUGGCUAACGAAAGUGGGCAGUCCAGGAAGUGAGAUCCACCAUUGCGAAUUCACAAAUUGGGAAGGCAUUUCUAGGCUACAGUAUAAAGGAUUUGUUAUACGUUUUUAGCAAAGAAAUAUCUAUUCGUUUUGAAAAUAUAAGUUAAAAAACAUCGACUGCUUUUGCGAAUUACCGGAAUUAAAUAAUACUUUAUAGGAAAAUUAUUGAUAUACAUAUAUUUAACUGCUUCAAUUAUUUUAUUACGUGUACAUAUAAGUAGGAAGAUUGAAAGCUAUUUGGAAACCUCAAACUGAAAAAUCUAUUUAACGUGUAUCAAUUUUGAGUGAAAUACUUUUUAAUGAAAUGACAUAUAGAGACAUUAAAUUCUUCCCUUGUAUAUUUUCAUUUGAUGUCCGGGGAAGGUGUAGAAAAUUAAAAACACGAUCGAAGCACAAACAAAUUUAUUGAACUUAUUCUCUACUACAUAUUAAUGGUACAUGUUCGAAUAUCAUGUUGUACCCUCAUAAAUAAACGUCGCAUCUAACAUCAACUGCGCAAGACGAUAUUCAGAAUGGUCUUCGGGCAAAUGUCUAGAAACUCUUCGUAUUAAUUCAACAGUAUCAUCGUUUGAACAAUUUGUACAAAUCACCUCGGUUACAUUCUACAAAGAUUAUGUAUUAAUAAGCCUGAAGAUUAUUCAGAAAAUGAAUUUGAUAUAGCACAAUACUUACUAAACUUUCUAGAUAUUUAGUUAGCGUAGGACUUAUACGGGAAACUUCCUCUAAUAGAUCAGGAGUUUUUGAAAGAUAUGCCAUCAUUCGUCUUCCAGCUAUUGGCAAAAGAUCAGCUGCUAAUCUCUCGGUAUCAUUUACAGCUGCAACAACCUAUUUGGGAAUGUUAAAUAUAAAAUAAUUAUCCGCUAUAUAAUGAUACAUAAUUAAAUUUCAUUAGCGCACCUCAUCCGCUAAUCGGUCAAAACCGUUCACGUAUAAUUGACAAACUUGAUGUAUCCUUAAUUGAUCAUUGUUAAUUUUCCAAAUAGAUGCUAAUGUUUGACAUUUACUCAUCCAUUGAAUAGCUUGAGUGGAACUUAUGUUACCAUCUACUAUUUCUUGGUGAAUAAAAUCCAUUGACGCAGAAAUAACUCGACAUAAAAAUUCUGUUCUUAAAUUAUCUCUUUUGUCAUCUCUAUACCAUGUAAGCAUUACUUUAUCUGUCAUUGUUUGAAAAAAAUAUGGUUGCACCUAUACAGUCGAAAUUAAGCACGUUUGUGUAAACAAUAAAUAGGACAAACAUGUACCUAAUAUAAUA